AUGGGUGACAAGGGAGACUCAUCCAAGAAACAACCACAACAAUCUCACCACCCUAAACAGCAGCAGCAGCAACAACAGCAGCAGCAGCAGAUUUCAUCUUCUCCAAAAUCCCUACCACAAGCUUCUGCUGAGGAACCAAUAUCAGAAACAAGGACAAUCCAUCACCAACAGCAACAGUCACCAGUUGUUGUUGUGAGUGGAGCAACUCCAUUCAUCUCAUCAAGCCCUCUCUAUGUCUCAAGUGGUGCAAGUUCUUCACCCUUUGAGCAGCAACAGCAGCAACAAUUUGAGGCACUGAAUGUUACCUCAAAGAGGCCAAGGUACACUGGACAAUGGAAACUUCUUCCAUCACCAUCCUCACAGCAGCAUCAGAAACAAAUGGCGGCCAUGCUCCCAAGCGAAUCAAGCCCUUCACCAUCAGCAAAUCCACCACAACCCUUACAAACAUAUGCUGCUGCAGCAGCAGCAGCAGCUGCAUCAUCUUCAUCAGACACAGCAUCAUCUCCAAGUCACUCACCUAUGCCUUUGCUCUCAGGUGGUUCUGGCCAUGAAGGGAGCAAGCCAACAUCAGAAGGAGAACAACCACCACAGCUACUUCAUCACCAGCAACUAAGAAAAGGGAAGUAUGUGAGUCCAGUUUGGAAGCCUAAUGAGAUGCUAUGGCUUGCAAGGGCAUGGAAAGCACAGUACCAAGGUGGUGGUUCUGAUGGUUCAUCUUCAAGAACAGAACAACAGCAAGAAUUUGGAGGAAUGAGUAGAGGGAAAACUAGGGCUGACAAAGAUAGAGAAGUAGCUGAGUUUCUUCAGAGGCAUGGGGUCAGCAGAGAUGCUAAGACAGCAGGGACCAAAUGGGAUAACAUGUUAGGUGAAUUCAGGAAAGUGUAUGAAUGGGAGAGAGGUGGUGAGAGAGAACAAGUUGGAAAGAGCUACUUUAGGCUCUCACCAUAUGAGAGGAAGCUUCAUAGGUUGCCAGCUUCCUUUGAUGAGGAGGUUUUUGAGGAGCUUUCACAGUUCAUGGGGUCCAGAAUGAGGUCCUCCUCUCAUGGUGGCGGCAGAGGUGUAGAUGAUGGUAGGACAGCAUCACAUGCUGCUGUUGCUACAGUGAGACCUCUGCCACUGCCUCCACCUAGGCCUUUCAAGGAUGAUGAUCUUCCUCUCUCAGCCAGGACAACAAAGCAAUUGGGUGGUAAUGAAGCUUUCUUUCAUGGUCCCAACAGAGGUAGCUUAUUAGGGUUGGACCCUCAUCAGCAUAAUGUAUUGGACAUUCAAGGUGCUUCAUCUUCUUCAUCUUCCAGAGAGCUGAGAAGAAUUGGGAAGAUAAGGAUGACAUGGGAGGAAUGUGUGAGCCUUUGGGCUGAAGAAGGUGAAGUUCAUAGAGGGAGAGUGAGGGUUCAAGCUUCAAGCUUUUUGAAUGCUGAUGAACUCACUUACUUCGAUGAAUCCAUGGUUCCAUGUCUCAUGGAGUCCUUCGAAGAUGGUCCCCUAAGAGGCUAUUCGGUUGAUAGAUUUGUUUCAGGUCAGCAAGUCAAAGUUUUUGGGAGAAGAAAAUCGUCUUCGGCUUCGUCACCUCCUUCUUCUGAAUUAUAGUUGAAUAUGAUUUGGGUUGGUGAUGCAGCAGCGAAUACUACAACAACAGUAGAGUUUAGGGACCCAAGUGAAUACUACGUGGAAUGUUUGCAACAGAGAAUAAUGUCAUCACUACAACAACACUCACUUCCAACCUUAUUCGAAUUGAAACGCUACUUGCAAGAGCCACCUCCACAAGACUUACGCUUCCCACUCCGUAAACAGGUUUACGACGACUUACCACCUUCCAAAGACCUCUUCUUCGCUCCUUCAACUCACCCGCCUUUCUUGGAUUCUAGAACCUUCCUCUACGACGUCGUUUCCCCUCUCAUCAGAUCCAACAACCCUACCAUUCUCCCAUCUUCUAGAGACUCCUUCAUUCCCCUUUGGGACCAUUGCAUUAACUCAAUUCUUUCCUUCUUCUGCAACCAAGAUUUCAUUCUAAUCAGAAAGCCAACACAUACUACUACUACUAGUUCUACUGCGUUGCAAGAUCAAUGGCCCAACGUUACUGGUUUCGUUAACAACUAUUGCUUAUGGCGAGGGGAAGAAACCGAUCAACUACGAGAGGGACAACAAGAUCCGUCUUCCACCAUUGUUGAGAAGCUUCUGUGGACCUACGCGGAUCUACCUUACAUUCUCGGCUACUACGCCAUUGGAACCAAGGUAAUACUCUGCGCGCUAAGUAGGUCAACGCAAUCAGACCAAGGAGAAACGAGAAUUGUACGAACGGAUCUACAACAACUUAACCUAACUACACCUACAGAACGAAUCAAAGCUUUGGUUCCGUGUUUCAGAAUCGCUACACUGUUACCGUUACUGAGCAAGAUCUGUAACAACAGCAAGGGACUCGGGAUCUUCACGUACAGCGAUUUCGAGAGAUUUGACCACGGAAACGGCGUCGUAACGGAGAUGACGCCGAACACGUGCACUAGAAUGUUCUCCGAUAAGAGAAAAUGGCUGGCGGCGAAGGAGGUUUACGAGAUCUUGAAACACCGAAUCCCUCACGCGGAGACUCUGGUUCAGUGUUGCGAAAACGACAUGAGUUUAGUGUUCAAGCCGAGAGGUUGCAGAACGAAGCCUUCAAACUGCGAGGAGUUAGUUGAGGCGUUGAAGUGCGUGACGAAAGCGCUGGUGGCGCUGCACGACUUGUCGUUUAUGCAUAGGGAUUUGGGAUGGGAGAAAGUGUUGAGGAGGAGUGAUAGUAGGGAGAGGGAGAGUGAGUGGUUUGUGUGUGGGUUUGAGGAGGCGAGUGGGGCUCCGGAGCUGAACAGGCGCGUGAGAGUUGGGAGGGAGGGGGAGUGGGCGCCGGAAAUGGAGAGAGGUUUGCAUUCCGUUAAAGUGGAUGUGUGGGGGGUUGGGUGGUUGAUACGGACGUGUGGUUUGGUGGUUCCCAAAAUGGUGAAGGAGUUGGAGAGGAUGUGUAUGGAGAAUAAUCCCGAGCAUCGGCCUACGGCGGCUGACUGUUAUCACCACCUGCUUCAGCUUCAGUCUUCUCUCUCUCACCACCAACCGCCUCCUCCUGCCGCUCAUUUGAUGUGA